AUGGGCUCACCAAAUACCCAGAAUGAGUCGAAUGGCUUCGAUUCUGGGGGCCUCAUGCCUCUGGCUGUCGUGGGCAUGUCCUUCCGUUUCCCUCAGGAUGCCACGGAUGCGCCCUCCUUCUGGAAGAUGCUCAUGGAGCAACGCUGUGCAUCUACAGAAGUACCCCCAGAGCGUUUCAACAUGGACGCCCAUUACCAUCCAGACAGCAGCCGAAGGGAAACAACCUCUGUUCGAAAAGGACAUUUCUUAUCUGGGGACAUUGGUGCUUGGGAUGCACCGUUUUUCAAUAUCACAGCCUCCGAGGCCGAUGCUAUGGACCCUGGUCAGCGCUUGACUCUCGAAACUGCUUUCCAUGCACUGGAGAGCGCUGGGAUACCAAUCCCAACCAUAGCGGGAACUAAGACAUCUGUCUACUCGGCCACAUUCAUGCGUGACUAUGACUACCUUCAUAAUAAUGAUCCUGAUGAUCAACCCAAGUACUUAGGACUUGGCACCUCGCCAAAUAUGCUCUCAAAUAGAGUAAGCUGGUUUUUCGAUUUGAGAGGGCCAAGCGGUAGUGUCGAUACAGCAUGUUCUAGCAGUUUACUCGCUCUGGACCUCGUAUGCCAGUCAAUAUGGAGUGGCGAUGCGAACAUGGGACUUGCCUGUGGUAGCAAUAUCAUGCUUACUCCCUUCACAACCGUUUCUCUUGAUAAUCUCGGCCUUUUGGGCAAAGACGGUCGUUGUUUUAGCUUUGAUCACCGGGCAAACGGCUAUGCUCGAGGAGAAGGCGUGGCGGUGGUUGUUGUAAAGCCUCUCAAAGAUGCCCUUCGGAAUGGCGAUACUAUCAGAGCAGUCAUUAGAUCAUCCAGCUCUAAUCAGGACGGAAAGACUCCAACUAUUACACAACCAAGUCGCGAGGCCCAGGAGAGACUGAUUCUUGCGGCCCAUGCCAAGGCUGGCCUUGACCUCAGGGAAACAAGGUACUUCGAGGCCCACGGUACCGGUACCCCUGUGGGUGAUCCAAUCGAAACCAGAUCUAUCGGAGCUGCAUAUCGGAGGUUCCGAACCCCCGAAGAUCCCCUUUACGUCGGCUCCGUGAAAUCAAAUAUUGGCCAUCUAGAAGGUGCAGCUGGUCUUGCUGGUGUCAUGAAGACGAUACUAGCCCUUGAAGCUGGAAUUAUCCCCCCGCAAACCAACUUUGAGAAACUUAACCCAGCCAUCGACGCCGAAUUCCUAAAUAUCAGAAUUCCUACUAAGGCUGUUCCAUGGCCUACGAAAGGCCUUCGUCGUGCCUCUGUACAGUCAUUUGGGCUGGGUGGCUCUAACAGCCAUGUCAUUCUCGAUGAUACUCACAAUUUUCUUCAACAGCGAGGGCUUUCGGGCCACCACAACACAAUUCCUGCCCCCCCUGCCCUUGACAGUAUUUCAUCUGAUAGCGUCCCUAUAUCACCUCACGACAAGGGUAUUAUUGUCAAUGGGGCCAAUGGGGUCAACGGGGAAAACCUUACGAAUGGGAUCAAUACCGUGAACGGCAACGGUGUUAUCAAUGGAGCUCUGAAUGGGAUUAAUGGUACAAAUGGUAACCAUGCUUCAAAUGACACAAAUGGAAUAGAAUCAGACAAGGACCCGGAGAAGAAGCUGCUCGUUUGGUCGGCAACUGACCAAGAUGGUAUCGCCCGUCUAAAAAGUGUUUGGAGGGACUACCUGGCCAAACUCCGACUUUGCCCUAAGGAAAAGUCACAAUUUAUCAGGAACCUGGCUUACACACUGUCAAAUCGGCGCACACACUUCUCCCACCGAGCUUUUGCGGUGUUCGAUAUGUCCGAUGACCUCACUGCGCUUGUUGGCAAAUUCUCUUCAGCGAUCCGGGGAAGCGCAACACCCAAACUUGCCUACAUAUUCUCAGGUCAAGGUAGUCAGUGGUACGCGAUGGGGCGGGAGCUCUUCUACCGAUAUCCCAUAUAUCGAAAGUCCUUACUUGAUGCUUCGGUUUACUUUCAGGGACUUGAUUGUCCCUGGGACGCUGUGGAUGAACUUAUGAAAGGCGAAAACGAGACGAAUGUAAAUGAUGCCGAAUACAGUCAACCGCUCUGUACAAUCAUCCAGAUAGCUCUAGUAGAUCUGCUGAACAGCUUCGGUCUCCGGCCUGCAAAAGUUGCUGGACACUCGUCAGGCGAAAUUGCAGCAGCAUACUGCGCAGGGGCUCUAUCGAGGCAUUCAGCAUGGAAGAUUGCCUAUCUUCGCGGGCUGCUGGCAGCACGGCUGACCUCGACCUCGCCUAACAACACAAACAAAGUCAAAGGCUCUAUGAUGGCACUUGGCCUACCCGCAGCUGAAGCCAAUAGAUACCUGGAACAGGUUGCUGAUCAGUUGGGAUCCAAGCGGCUUGUGGUUGCUUGCAUCAACAGCCCGUUGAAUGUGACAAUCUCAGGCGAGGAAUCACACAUCGAUCAUCUCAAAAAGCUCCUUGAUGCGGCCCCAGGUGGGAUAUUUGCAAGGAAACUGAAGGUCAGUGUCGCCUACCAUUCCUUUCAAAUGCUGGAGGUGGCAGAUGAGUACGUGUCUCGGAUUGGACAGCUUCGCCCUCCGCCAGUCAGUUCAACAUCAGCGCCUCUCAUGGCUUCUUCCGUAACCGGGACAUGGAUUCUCCCAGAUGAUUUGCUAAAAGCAGAGUAUUGGGCCAGAAAUAUGGUAUCACCAGUGCUUUUCUCAGACGCUCUCGCCACAAUAUGCGCUUCACCUACCACGGGAAAAGCCAGUUCAACAACCACUAAGCUAGACCGCAGCCACUUGAGAACAGUACCGAUCACAGAGAUCGUGGAAGUUGGACCACAUUCGGUAUUACAGGGUCCUUCGAGAGAAAUACUUCGCUCCAUUGGUAAAGAAGGGAGUGUGCAGUAUGCUUCCGCAUUAAUCAGAAACAAGUCUGCCACCACUACUAUUCUAGAACUUGCCGGCCGUCUCCAUUGCUUGGGAUACCAACUGGAUCUUGAGCAAGUCAAUAGUAGCGCUUCAGAAGUGGAUGCAUCAGUACCUCUCAAGGUGUUAUCAACUUUACCUGCGUACCCUUUCAACCACUCAAGGGUGUACUGGGCAGAGAGCAGAAUAAGCAAGGCUUUCCGGUUUCGCAAAUUUAAGAGACAUGAUUUGUUGGGUGCUCAGUCAUUCGAUUGGAACCCCCUUGAGGCUAAAUGGCGUCAUACUAUAAGGAUAUCAGAUCUGCCAUGGGUUGAACACCACAAGAUCAAUGGGACGGUUCUGUACCCAGCGUCCGGGAUGCUUGUCAUGGCCGUCGAGGCAGCUCGCCAGAUGGCUGAUUCAACACGCAAGCUAUCGGGGUUUGUGUUUCACGAUACCUCUUUUCAUUCAGCACUGGUCAUUCCAAAUGAUGCCGAUGGUAUCGAGGUGAACCUUCAUAUGCGGCCUCGCAAGAAUAGCAGCGAGAAAGAUGCAGGCUGGUUCGAUUUCUCGCUAUAUGAACGUGAGGAAUCUAGCCAGAGUGGCUGGAAAGAAAAUUGCAAUGGCUCCAUUCAAUUAAAUUACACCGAUGAACAAAGCAGCGUUGACGGCGAAACCGAUGGUCUGGGGGUCAAAAGGGAAGAGGUUGCCUGGGAACAGUCCCGUCUGUCUCGUAUUCAGAAGAUUCGGGGCAACUGCACGGAGGCCGUCGAGCCAGAUAAGCUGUACGAGAAGCUUCUCUCGAGUGGGUACAACUACGGCCCUUCGUUCCAAGGUAUCACAAGGAUGAGUUAUGAUGGCAAGGAUUCAUCCGUAGCCACGGUAAAGACGUACCGGUGGUCAGACUAUUUUGAAGGGCCGGAUCCUGGUGCUGAGCAUGUUGUGCAUCCCACCACCCUCGACACGAUCCUUCACACUAUGCUUGCCAGUCUCACUCAUGGCGGUACGGAAGAAAUCUCAACAACCAUUCCUACUUUUGUUGAACACAUGUGGAUCUCGGCCAGCCAUGGACUUAGUUCCUCAGAGGCGGGUGCGGUUAACGUUGUUACGACUGGGCAGAAAUACGGUCGCCGAGAUGCUCGAUCCUCGCUCACUGUGACGGCCUCGGAUGGCCAGACUGUCUUGAUCGACGUUGCUAACUUUCAAACAACCGUUAUUGCGAGCGACGGAGGCCAGAGCAACGAAAUCGAGCAAAGUUUCAAGCCAGGCUAUACACUGGAUUGGAAGCCUGAUUUGACCCUUUUAUCUCCAACAGAGCUCCAGGAAUUUUGUGGCGAGUCGAACAUUGACGUGGUUGAAGGCUCAAAGGCUACAAACCAAGAAGUCGUCACAUUCCUUACUGUUUCCAUGGCCUGGACACUCAAAAUGCUCGAAGGCCAUCAAUCAGAAACAGAGUCCAAUUACAUCAAGUGGAUGCGUCGACAAAUCAAAAGGUUAAACAACCCUGCUCUGGCACAACUGGACGAUACCACAUUCGAACAGAUGGUGAGCAAUCUUGAGAGUCAUGGUGCACAGGGCAGAAUUCUUGCAGCCAUUGCAAGAAACCAGGCCGCUUUACUCAAAGAAGGCACUUGUAAAGUAAACUCUCCAGCACUCGUCAGCCUUGCUGAAGAAUAUAUCGACAAUGCUCUUCAAGCACCGUUCUUUGACAAGUUGUACACUCUUCUUGAUUGCAUGGCGCAUAAGAAAUUGAAUCUUCGUAUUCUAGAGUUAGGUACAGGCAGCUUAUCUUUGACGGAUCGAAUCCUGACGACGCUCAACACCCGAGACAAUGGUACCGAAUCAACUGCAAUGCCACGUUUCGCAUCCUAUGAAUACACCACCAAGUCACACGAGACUACUGAUGUUUCAAAGUCAAAGUUCAAAGGACCAAGCGCCAAAGUCAGCUUCAAAACACUGAAUAUUGAUCACGAUCCGGAAAACCAAGGGUUCGAAUUGGGAGGCUAUGAUAUUAUACUGGCUUCUGGCGGAUUUCCAAACCUCUUGGAUGACCUCGUUUCAUUGAAAAAUGCUCGCAAGCUACUGAAGCCUGGUGGAAAGCUCAUUGCUAUCGAGGCACCAAGGCACGAUGAAGCACUUCUCGCAAACUUUGUAUUUGGUCUGGACAAGGGCUGGUGCUUAAGUCCCGAGAAGUGCACAUCCGUACUUUCUGAUAUGAAUCAAAAACACCGCACUGAAGUACUCGGCUCGGCGCAGUUUUCUGAUCUGGAGGUUGUCCUUCGCGAUUCGCACGACCUAGCACUCGAGAAAUUUUCUAUCUUUACCACUACUGCAGUGGAAGAAAAUGGUGUUAAGGAUAGUGGCAGAAUAGAAAGGACGAAUGGGAGUCGACUUAUUAUCAUCCACCAUGAUGAUGAUGCCAAGCAAGAGAGCCUUGCGCGGCAGAUACAAGCCUUGAUCAACGACUCACAAAGUACCGGGUUUCCUGAUAUUCAAGUGACAGAUGUGACAUCCGCAGUAGACCUCUCACCUUUUGGCCAAGACACAAUGAUUGUCUUCCUUCUCGAGCUUGGAGCGCCUGUGUGGUACACGAUGGAUGAUACACUCUAUAACAAACUUCAGAGGCUCCUUAUUUCGAACAUCAAUUCCAAGAUGCUCUGGGUGGGCCAAAACGGGUCUACAGGAGGCAGCGACGGGCCUAAAGUGAAUCAAUCGGCUUACCGACUUAUUGAUGGCCUCUCGCGCGCGCUCAAUUCGGAGAACGACGGUGAGAUAUUGAGUCUCCUAAGUCUUCAACAGGAGGGAAGUCUCUCUUCCAGACAAAUGAGCCAUAUCCUUGCGGUAAUACGAAAGGUUCACGCUCAAUCGGAUGAGUUCAUGGACACUGAAUGGGUUGAGAAAGAUGGCCGACUAUGUGUGCCAAGAAUGGUCCAGUCGCCAUCGCUCAAGGACAAGGUUUCCUCUCGAUUGAUCCCACAAUAUGAGACUCAGCAGGCCUGGUAUAAAGGCAAGGGUCCUGAUGAUAGGGUGCCGCUGAAACUGGCUUUAGGAACCCCUGGUUUGCUCAACACUCUCCAUUUUGUGGAGGAUAAAGAGUACUCGACUACACAACUUGGUGAGGGCGAGUUGGAAAUCGAGGUCCAAGCCGUUGGGGUCAACUACAGAGAUGUUCUAUCAGCUCUCGGAAGAUUGAAGAAUGCUCAGGUUGGCUGCGAGUGUGCCGGAAUCGUAACCCAAGUUGGUUCCGGGGUAGUUGGCUAUCAAGCUGGAGAUCGCGUUGCUGCCAUCUCCCCCAUCGAUUGCUACCGCACAUAUCUUCGUGUUGACCAUCGCUUCACUGCCCACAUCCCUGAUUCAAUGCCACUGAAUAUAGCAGCAGCAAUGAUCAUCAAUCACCUGACCGCUUGGUGGACUCUUCAUGAAUUAGCACAUCUUGCUCCUGACGAGACUGUACUUGUCCAUAGCGGCGCGGGCGGCACAGGUCAGGCUGCCGUGCAGGUGGCACAGCAUAUCGGGGCCCAGGUUCUGGCAACCGUGGGCACUGAAGAGAAGAAAGCGCUGCUGAAUGAACAAUACGGGAUAGACUCCGAUCAUAUCUUCAGUAGCAGAGUGGCCUCCGCCUUUUCUCGCGGGGUCCAGCGUACGACAAAAGACCAGGGCGUCGACGUGAUACUCAGCGCUCUAAGCGGUGAAGGUUUCAUAUCAUCGUGGGAAUGUCUCGCGCCGUUUGGCCGAUUUAUGGAAAUAGGCAAACGGAACAUCCAUGAGCGCAAGAGUCUACCCAUGGCGCGGUUUGACACUGGUGUCUCCUUCCACGCCUUUGACAUCGGAGUUGUCUGCAGGUCGAGACCCAACACGGUCCGGCCGAUGCUGGAGCAGCUCUUCGGCUUGUAUGAAAAAGGAGUGCUGCGGCCAGCUUUCCCAUUGCAAGUACAUGGCGUGUCAGACCUAGAAAAGGUCCUCCGAGUCAUGCAGCGAGGCGACAAUAUGGGCAAGAUUGUGAUAGAGAUGCGGCCCGAAGACAAAGUAAAGGCAGUCCUCGAUAGGAAGCCAACCACCUCACUCCGGCCAGAUGCAACCUAUAUGGUAGCUGGCGGUCUUGGGGGGCUCGGAAGAAGUAUGGCCGCAUGGCUUGUAGAUCGCGGUGCCCGCCAUCUCAUUCUGCUGGCGAGAUCAGGGCCGCGGACGCAAGAGGCCCGCGAUUUUGUCGAAAGUCUGACUCUCAAAGGUGUCCAAGUUGCCACUCCGCCUUGCGAUAUUAGCGACGCCGAUGCCUUCCGAUCAGUCCUCGACAAUUGCUCGUCGACUAUGCCACCAAUCCGUGGCGCUAUCCAGGCGACGGGACUUCUCCGCGAUGCGAUCUUUGAAAGGAUGUCAUAUGAGACAUGGCAGGCCGCCGCCGCGCCAAAGACAUUGGGGUCCUGGAACAUGCACUCUCUCCUUCCAACCAACCUAGACUUCUUCAUUGGUAUAUCAUCAGUAGCUGGUGUAGCUGGUGGUCGCGGUCAGGCGAACUACGCCGCUGCAAAUACCUACAUUGACGCACUCAUGAAGUACCGUGUUGACCAAGGGCUACAUGGCGUAGCCCUAGACCUGGGUGUGUUCCUCGAUAUUGGCUUUGCGACUGAAAAUGCCGAUCUUUGGGCACGCUGGGAGGCACAACGAGCACUGACAGUAACCGAGGCCGAUUUGUUCGCCCUCCUAGACUGCUGCUGCUCCGAGAAGAUGCCUACUCAAGUGAUAUACGGGAUUAAUAGCUUUGUUCAAGAUCCAUCCAUCAGACACCAAUUCUUCCGCAAAGCAAUGCUUCGAACGCUUGCCAUAGAGGACGAAGAGGAAAGCGGCAAUUCAGGGGGAUCAGGCAAACAAGCUGCCCAGGACGUAGACUUUAGUUCCGUCUUUGCACAGGCCGUCACUUUAGAUGAUGCAGCAAGUGCCGUCAAUGAAGCGCUAUUGCGCAAGCUAUCUACAAUGCUCGCACUGCCUCGAGAGCAGCUAGACCCAGAUACACCACUACAUACAUAUGGUGUGGACUCUCUUGUCGCCGUCGAGUUGAGAAACUGGUUCGCGAAGGAAGUGCAUGCUGAGCUGGCUAUUUUCGACAUCCUAGGCGGAGCUACAACACGCUCAGCAAGCACAUUGGCUGCGGUAAAGUCGAGACUCAAGAAGGGAAGCUGGGAAGAAACCAAGGUUUAA